GACUGACAGCGCUCCGGCUCAAUACCGGCGUGGAGUUUCCCUUCGGCUCUCCCACCCCUCUUCCAACCAUGGGCGGGGGUGGAACAAUGAGAGGAAAAGGAGGUGGAGGCAGGAAAAUGGCAGCGGCGACCGUGACGGUGGCGGCGUUAACGGCGCCAGGAGGAGGCGGCUGCAGUCCGAGGCAAGGCGCUGCUCCGCUCGCCGCCUGGCUCAGCUCGUUGCUGCUGGCGGCGGCUCUCGGCUUGUCCCAGGUUUCAGCUGUGGAAGUAUACACACCAGCAGAACUCUCUGUGGAGAAUGGGACAGAAACAAAGCUUCCAUGCAGCUUUUCAUCCUCAGAGGUGAUCAGCAGUGCCGCUACUGUUACCUGGAGCUUUCAACCCGAGGGAUCAACUACUACUGUGUCGUUCUUCUAUUAUUCCCAUGGCAAAUCAUAUCCUGGGAAGGAUACACAAUUUAAGGACAGAAGCAGCUGGGCAGGUGAUCUUAACAAGAAAGAUGCAUCUAUCAGUAUAUCCAACAUGCAGUUCCGGGACAGUGGCACUUUCAUCUGCGAUGUCAAGAACCCUCCCGAUAUAGUUGUCACAACUGGUGAAAUCACAGUCAGAGUUGUGGAAAAAGAUAAUUUACCGGUAGUCCUGAGGCUGGAGCAUGCCGAGGGGCAGGUUGAGCAACUGGCACGGCGAUUGCAGUCACUGGAGCUCUCAGCUGGUGCAGCACAGCGCAUGAUGGAGGAACAAGUGACCAACCUCACCCACAGAAUCGAAGCACUGGAGCAGGUCAUGCAACAUCGUCCCAUGCAGCCGUGACACUGAUUCUUUUGUUUUGAGCCUUCCUUGGUUUUUGUAAUGUUCCUCUACCUUCCUGCCUUGCAAUUUCACCUGUUGUUUAUUAUAGUUUUGUGAUUUUUUUUAAUACUCCUGCUUAGUGGUUUGCACAAAUGGUGGCAGCAAGCCUAAUGCCCCCCCCCGUCCUUAAUGCAUUCCACCAUGUUUGCCUUUGUUUUUCACCUGAUGACUUUUGAAUUAAUUUCCUUCUUUUUUAAGAUUGUACUUUAAUGCUGUGUAAAGUCAUACUGUGGUGCGAAGCUUGAAUCCAUGGGUUUCUCUGUCAUGCUUUUAUCUUUGCUGUGUAUCCACUGUAAGCAUUUUGUUUAGAGGGAGUAUUAUUUGAAUGUCAAUUAGUAUAGUAUCAUAUCACUAUGUUAGUAUUACUUUAAGAAAGUGCCUUUUUGUCAGUGUACCAAUGAAAAGACCAACUGUUGGCUUUUUGAGCAUCUGCGAAAAUAAACAUAAGAAUUUAUUUACAGCCA